AUGUGCAAUUCCAAAGCCAAGAGCUUGGUAACUUACCAUUACGGUCACGGUACGAGUGGAUCUGCCACGGUUGCCCUUUCCUCUACUCCUCGCCUUUCCUCCUUUCUCAUCCUCUACUCUCUUCAACUUCUUCUCUUGUUUAUCCUACCUUCCUUUUGCGCCAUUGCGCUAUUCCUAUCACUACUAUCCGCGGCUUCGUCACCCCGCGAAUCCUCUGCGCACUCCGGUCAAUUGACCGACUGCGCGUGCGCAAUUGUCCUACCCUCUCAUCCGGCAACUUUGAUCCUACCUCCCCUCUCAACCCACAUCCUCCGCCUACAUAGCUUUCAAUCAGACAGUAAGUUCCACGCUAGCAACCACCAUGACAAUGUUGAUGGUACUGACUUAUGA